AUGAACGAACAGUCACUGCAGCGGUCUGAUUCGACAGAACUGCGAGGAGUUCCGGAAAAACCACAAGAAAAAGGCCAAAGUUCAAGUCCAAAUGCUAGUGUUGCCAAUAGUGUAAGCAAUAGCACAGCUGAGGACAACGAAGCUAGAGGAAGGCCUCAUUUCAGGAAGCAAUACUCAAUGGGUGGUGUUGAGUCAGCUAGCUCUAGUGUGCAGGCACAUGGGGGCGCAGAACGUUUCAGGGACGGGUCGAAAAAGGGCAGACACAAGGGAUUUCAUAAUCCGAUGGCCUUCCAUUCUCCAGAUGAUCCUAUUCCACCAUUUUCGCAUCCGAUCAGGCCUCGAAUCCCUCGUUUGACGCGAACAACAAGUAACAGUUCCAUUUUUUCCACACCACAGUCGCAAACGGGACAAUCUCAGCAGCCAUCACAGCAACGUAAGGGAUCGCGCGCUGGCUCUCUUUUGAAGAGACUGACUGGCAUGAAAAUGACUUCUGCAAACACAUCGGAACUUUCCGAUCAGGAAUCUGCACAGAACGGCACAGCUCUUCAGCCGCCUGGAAUCCGCCGUAAAAUGAGUACCUUGAUUCACGGAGGUACCGGGCAACCAGAUUCAAACUCUCAUGGUCAUCAUUACUUUGGUGACAGCGAUAUGAACCCAGAGACCUUCCUUAAGGCUGGGAAAGGUUUGUUUGGCUCCUCUGCGGCCAAUAGCAGGCGUGGGUCUGCGGCAAGUGGUGCCGCCAGUGGAAUGACCGUACCAAGCGGUAGCAACUCUCCUAAGGUGCAUCAUAUACACGCGACCCGAAACUCCACAACUUCGGCAGGUACAAAUCAUAACUCCGAAGACCAGAAAAUCAUUUCGCGUAAUCAAUUGUCGGAUUCCUCAGAUAGUCCGGAACGUCCUUCAAGGAAUGAGCUAAAUAGAAGUACAAGCUACUUCCUGUUGGACACGGAUUUGAACAAUGUUUCUGAUAUUACAAAUAUACGUGGAAACUCGGCAGAUGAGGCAGGAAAAGCAAAAGGCAAUUCGAAAGUGGUGCCAACGGAGACUCAUAAAGCGCCAUUGGUGGAUACAGAAAAAAACGCACCACAUGAGGCAGCACAUUCAAAGGCACAAUGGAUAGCUCCAGAAAGUUGGGAUAUUGAUGAAGAAACAGGCAAGCCCUUGAUUUCGAAAUCGAAGCGCAGAACACAUCGUGGACAAUCUAAAAGCCGUCAAAAGGGCCCUUCCGGGUCACAAAUGGAUCGAGACAGAGCUGGCAGGUCUCAUCCUCAAGGUGAGCUUACAAGGAAAGAAGCAACUCCCAGGCUCGAUCCGCUAGAGGAGGUCGCUGAUCAUGAACAGCUUAUUCCAAACAUCAUGCCCGAUCAGCACAGAAACUCCGCCGCUUCUUCUAGUAGUGCCAGUGCUACAAGCAAGUCUCAAGACCUCAGUGAAGCCACCUUUUCGACAAGCGAUUACGAAGAUGAAGUUGGCGAUGAGGAGAGGGUGCAUAGUUAUUCUUCUGGUUCGCCGCAAGCCCCAGAAUCGAACGCGCUGAAAAGAGAUGAAGAGUUUGAUAAGGCGGGGUACGAAUUGGAGAGAUACUACAACAAUUACAGUGACAUGGACUCAUCGAGGCGAUACGCUAUUCGAAUUUUCAACACCGAUGAUACAUUUACCACUUUAUCUUUAACACCGAAUACCACAGUGCAGGAAAUGAUUCCUCAACUGAAAAGAAAGUUUAACGCGGGGCAGGGCAACUAUCAGGUCUCAUUAAGGGUAGCGAAAGUUUUGAAGGUUCUUUCAGCUACAGCUAGGCCAAUUUUGAUUCAGCGAAAGCUCCUGCUUCUUAACGGCUAUCUGAAGAGCGAUCCUCUUUACAUCAUGGGAACCGAAGACCUCAGUUAUGUCUUCAACUUCAUUUUCCACCCUGUGGCAACUUCUCAUCUAACCCAUGAGCAGGAACAGAGACUUUCCAGGGGCGAUUUUGUACAUGUUGAUUUACGAAGCCUGAACCUGACAACUCCUCCGAUUAUCUUUUACCAGUACACUCCUAACAUUGAAAGUCUGGACUGCUCAAACAAUGCGAACAUAUUUCUGCCUCUCGACUUUAUUGAAAGUGCCAUAAAGCUGUCAAGCUUGAGAAUGGUAAACAUUCGCGCCUCAAGAUUUCCACCGAAUAUAACGGAAGCUCACAAGCUGGUCUCAUUGGACCUGGAAAGAAAUUUGAUCAAAAGAAUUCCGCCAUCAAUUUCCAAUUUGGGGGAGCUCACUAUUUUAAAUCUCCAGUGUAACGCUCUGGACAGACUUCCUGCUGGGUUUGUUGAGCUGAAGAAUCUUCGACUCCUCGAUAUCUCUUCUAACAACUUCUCCAAAUUUCCAGAAGUUAUUACGUGCUGUACUAACCUGUUGCAAAUCGAUCUAUCGUACAACAAAAUUCAGACCCUUCCCAGCUCAGUGAACCAGUUGACAAAACUAGCGAAGAUGAAUUUAGCGCGCAACAAGCUUACCGAUGUUAGCGAACUUUCAGGGCUGGUUAACCUGAGAACACUCAACUUGAAAUACAAUCGUUUGACCAACUUAAAACUAAACAAUCAGAACCUGCAGAAUUUGGCACUUUCUAGUAAUCGUAUCAGCAUAUUUGAUGACAAACUGUCGAAGUUGAAGACGCUGGAGAUUCAAGAAAAUCCAAUCACUUCAAUAGGUCAUGAAGGAGAGUAUUUGGUCAAUUUAGUGGCUUUAUCGCUAAACAAAGCCAAGCUGGCCAGUCUCCCUCCCGAGCUUCUGUGCAAGCUUCCACGGCUUGAAAAAUUGGAGCUAAAUGAAAACAAUUUGACCCAGAUCCCUGUUGAGAUCAGCCGCUUGGCUAGAUUGGUCUAUUUCUCGGCUGCUCGAAACAAGCUGGAGAGUAUCCCAGAAGAGAUUUGCGAACUGAAGUUUUUGAAGACUUUGGAUAUUCAUUCCAACAACAUAAGCAACCUUGUCAAAGGCUUGGGAAAAAUGGAGCUUACGAGUUUUAACGUGUCCUCGAACCUUUUAGGAAACACCAUUGACAUACAAGAAAUCUUUUUGAACAGACGUGAUUCUGCAUUGGCCAAGAGUCUACUUUUUCUCAGCAUGGCAGACAACAACUUGAGCAACCAGUUUUGGACUUUGCUGAACAUGUACGAAAAUCUAAAAACGCUGAAUUUGUCUUACAAUAACUUCAGCGAUCUCUCGACUUUUAAACUGGAGCACUUGACAGAGCUCUACUUGUCGGGUAACAAUUUCGUCACUCUUCAAGGAGAAACAGUUUCGAGAUGGACUUCUCUGAAAGUUUUGAUGUUGAACGGCAAUAACUUACUUUCGCUCCCUUCUGAGCUCUCACAGCUCACGCAACUCAAUGUCUUGGAUGUUGGGUCAAACCAGCUGAAAUACAACAUAUCCAACUAUCAUUAUGAUUGGAAUUGGGGCAAUAAUAAAGAGCUUAGAUACCUCAAUUUUUCUGGGAAUAAAAGGUUUGAGAUCAAAUCUGCGCUGGACGUAGAGAGCAAGAAAGACUUAUCUGAUCUGACCAUUUUGAAGGAGCUAAGAAUUUUGGGUUUGAUGGAUGUGACUUUAAAAACGUCGAAAAUUCCAGACGAAGGGGUCAACUUGCGUUUGAGGACCACGGGUUCUAUGUUGAAUGGUAUGAAAUAUGGCGUUGCAGAUACUCUUGGACAAAAAGAUUCUGUCACUGCAAGAGACGUCACAUUUGAGAGAUUUAGGGGGAACGAGGACGAGUGUUUGAUCUGUCUCUACGAUGGUAAGAAUGAGAGCGCAAGCACUGGCCACAGCAUCUCGAAGAUUAUCAGAGACACUUUUCAUAAGAUCUUCAUACGACAGCUGGAAAAGUAUGGUGAAAGUCCUGAUGGUAUCAAGAACGCCUUGCGCUUCAGCUUUCUCCAAUUGAACAAGGAAAUCAACAGCAUGUUAAACUCUGUUGACAAUGAGGUUGAAAGUAAAAACUUUACAUCAGCAGACCUCUUGAGUGGAUCUUCCGCUGCCGUCGUUUACCUGAAGGGCAAAGCCUUAUAUGCCGCCAACAUUGGAGACACAAUGGCAAUUCUAUCAAAAAAUAAUGGAGAUUUCAUAAAGCUAACAACGCUCCACGUCCCAUCUAAAGGAGAAGAAUACGAGAGGAUUCGCAUUUCCGGUGGCUAUGUGAAUAAUCGGAAACUAGAUGGCGUAUCAGAGGUUUCGAGAGCCGUCGGAUUUUUCGACCUGCUUCCCCAUAUUCAUGCCUCCCCUGACAUUUCGGAAAUACGUUUGACUACAACUGAUGAACUCCUCAUCAUUGCUACUAGUAAACUUUGGGAGUACGUGGACUACCAGACUGCAUGCGAUAUAUGCAGAGAAAACAAAGUGGAACCAAUGCGCGCCGCCGAAAAGCUGAAAGAUUACGCUAUAUCUUUCGGCUGCAUGGACAACAUGACCAUUUUGUGCUUGUCUCUAGACAAAUCCAGCGCCAGUCAAAAUAAUUUCAUUCUCAAUAGAAAUGACCUCAUAUCAAGGAGGAGUACGUUUGAGGACUCGACUUUGAGGAGAUUGAGUCCUGAGAUAGCCCCACCUACUGGAAAUCUGGCCAUGGUCUUCACAGAUAUCAAAAACUCCACAUUUUUGUGGGAGCUUUUUCCUAAUGCGAUGAGAAGUGCUAUAAAAACGCAUAACGAUGUUAUGCGCCGUAAUUUGCGUAUUUUUGGAGGCUACGAAGUGAAAACUGAAGGUGAUGCCUUUAUGGUCGCCUUCCCGACACCGAUAAGCGCUCUUGUGUGGUGUCUAAGUGUCCAGCUGAAGCUACUGGAUGCUGAGUGGCCGGAAGAGAUUACAUCAAUUCAGGGAGGAUGCCUAAUCAGUGAUUCGAAAAAUCAGAAAAUGUAUUUGGGCCUUUCGGUCAGAAUGGGUAUCCACUGGGGAUGCCCAGUCCCUGAGCUUGAUGUCGUGACACAGCGUAUGGACUACCUGGGACCUGUCGUGAACAAAGCUUCAAGAGUAUCUGGUGUUGCAGACGGGGGGCAAAUUACGUUGAGCAGCGAUUUUUGCUCAGAAUAUCAUAAAAUCAUGGCAUUACAUGAGCGCGUCACAAAAGACAAUGCCUCUUUGAAAGAAGCAUAUGGUGAAACGCUAGUGGGAGAGAUUUUGGAAAGGGAAAUCCAUCUACUAGAUGGUAUGGGAUGCGUUUUUGAAGAGCUUGGAGAAAAGAAGCUAAAGGGCUUGGAAUCUAUUGAACUAAUAACCAUUGCAUAUCCCAAAGCCCUAGCCGCGCGACACGAUUUUGUCGCAAACGAGACGAAUGCCGGAAUAAUAGACGAUAAAAGUCUUUUCGAACUCCGGUCUUUGUCUAACAGACUCGAAACUUUAGCCUCUGUUUUGAACGGCUCACUUAUUGAGAAGGACAUGACAAAACUAGGCUGUUAUAUCAACUUCGAUAAAAAGACCUCGCUUGCAGUCUCACAGGCUUGUUCGGAAUCAGAUCGAGUUGCAUUCUUGGACCACAUUGUCACAAGACUUGAAUCUGUGACGGCAAUCUUACAGAUACGUCAGCGCAUGGAAGGAUCGUUGAGCAGCACGAAGGGACCUGAGAACACUAAUGCGAAAUCAAUUUUCGACUUGGUGGAUGAAUUGUUGAGACGCCCAGAAAAAUAA